AUGGAGGGGCUGGAAGGAAUGUGGGAGAACCUCAGGCUGACGGAGAAGGAGAGCUCUCUAAUUAAGCUUGGUGGAAUGGAGGAAAGGAUGCGAGAGAAGGGAGGGAAUAGCCUGGUUGGGAAGAUCUGGAUCGAUAGACAGAUUGGGAGAGAAUUUGUGGAAUCCACGAUGGGGAAGAUCUGGAGGGUGAGCAAGCCAGCAAGGUUCCAGGAGAUUGGGUCAAACAUGUUUAUCAUCACUUUCUUUACACACGCAGAUAUGGAUAGAGUGAUGGAUGGCCGGCCGUGGUUAUUUGAUAACCAUCUCUUCGCACUCAAACUGUUUGAUGGAUUGGCUCAAGCACAGUCUAUAGUUUUUGACACUGAAGUAUUCUGGAUCAGAAUGCUGAACCUACCAUUGGGAAGCAUGAAUGAAGAGUGUGGGAGGAUGAUUGGUAGUACGGUGGGCAAGGUUGUAGAGGUUGAUGUUCCUGAAGAUGGCAUUGGAUGGGGUAGCUCACUGAGAGUGCGAAUUGAGAUCCCAAUCCAGCAAGCUAUCACAAGAGGGCGCAUGGUUGCUGUGGAAGGUAAGAAGGUGUGGGUGAGUUUAAAAUAUGAAAAACUGCCUCGAUUGUGUUUUGAAUGUGGGCUUAUGGUUCAUGAUGGAUCUGGUUGUUGUAAGAUAGGAGGGGGAAGGGGAGAGGGGCCUCAUUUUGGGGCAUGGCUUCGGGCAGAAAAAACUACUAGGAGUGCUUUCUAG